UGCAGCCAUGGAAUGAGAAACAGAACGUGGCAGGGUGUGUGUGACAGGCGCAUCUGGUUAUACAUCGGUUCAUGGCUUGUUAUGAGGCUUCUCGAGCAGGGUUACAUUGUUAGGGCCACUGUGCGCGAUCCCAGCAACAUAAACAAAGUGAAGCAUCUAUUAGAUUUCCCAAAAGCUAAGACGCAUAUGACUCUAUGGAAGGCCGAUCUUGCCGAAGAGGGAAGCUACAAUGAAGCCAUCCACGGUUGCACAGGCGUCUUCCAUCUCACCACUCCCAUCGAUUUCGAGUCCAAAGACCCUGAGAUUUAAGGGCGUGGAUGAGAGCUUGGAAUCUGCCCCUUUAUCAUCUAAUAAACUUUUA